CAUUGUAGAGGUGGUAUAGGUUAUCUACAUAAUAUUUUUAUUUGAUAAGAAAUAUAUUUCAUCUGUUAAAUAAUACAACAUUAAUUCUUUUUAAUCUAUAAAGAUGUAGAUAAGUGAGAUACUAUAAAAUAGCAAAUAUUAGUUAAAUAUAUUCCGUUAAGCUUUCAUUCUCAAUGCUUUACACCCCUUUUAAUAGGACAUUCCCUAAAUUUGACCAAACUUCAUCCACAGUUCUGCUGCAUGACAAGCAAGAUGGAGAACAAACGAAGAAAGGUGCAGGGUGCCCCACCACAGAAAAUUUUCAUUAUAGAAGACUGUGAAAGAAGACAAAAUAAGGACGGCCAGCCAUUCGGUAUAGCACAUGCCCUGGCUAGUUCAACGAACUUUUCAGAAGUACAUUGUCUGAUAAUACAGGAUUCUCUAAUGGAGAAGAUAAAAAACGAAAAUUUCUAUCUAAUUACUAUUUACCAAUUCCUUGAUGAUGGCACAAUAAGGCUCACAAAAGAGACGAAACUAUUGGAAACUGGAAGACCCAUGAUAAACCAAGAAGUAAUCAGAAGAUGGAGGGACCCUCUUGCAAUAAGAGUAUCAGAAGUUGAAACCAAGAACAAAGGAGAUCGCGUAUCUGUGAAAGGAACAAUUAUCAAGGUGACUUCUAUUUUGGAAACCGAAAAAAGCAAAAGAAGGCUGAUUGAAUUGGAGGACGACAAACUAAUACAAAUUAAACUAUGGGGACAGAAAUCAAACCUUAAUCCAUUAGAAGGAGAAACUGUCUUGUUCAAGUGCCUUGUAGUUGACAUAUACAGGAACACAUUUUCCCUUAAUUCAACAUCUUUGACAUCAUACCAGGUGGUGCAAGAUGACGAGGCUAUUCAAGGUGUAGUAGAAGCUGCCUCAUUUGAAGACGAAGGUAACACCAUCUUCAUACAGGAACUGAUGUUGAGAGUACCAGCUGACGUCAUGGAUACCAUAUUUCCUCUGGGUUCCUUUGUUGAGGGUACCAACAUUGAAGGGAAAAGGGCAGGAUCCACACUUAAAUCUGUCACAAGAGUGACCACGCCAGAGCAGAAUCCAUGAACUUUUCCAAUUAGAACCUGGAUCUUUUUUAAGUCCGUAGAGAAACAAGAAGUUUUCGGAAGGCAUGAGGAACUUUUCAGUAAAACAUCCAUCUUUUUAGUCAGGAGAAACAAGAAGUUUUCAGAAGGCAUGAGGAACUUUUUCAAUUACCUCGAUUUUUGUUGUCAGGACAAACAAGAAGUUUUCAGACGGCAUGAGCAGCUUAUUCAAUUAAAACCUGGAUCUUUUUAGUCAGGAGAAACAAGAAGUUUUCAGAAGGCAUGAGGAACUUUUUCAAAUAAAACCUGGAUCGUUAUAGUAAGGAGAAAUAUGAAGUUUUCAGAAGGCAUGAGGAACUUUUUCAAUUAAAACCUGGAUCUUUUUUGUCAUGAGAAACUAUUAAAGAUGCAUUAAUCAUGUAAAACAAUACACGUAGCCUUUUUAAGCUCACCGAGACGAAGUCAGGGGGAGCUUAUGCUAUACCCUUGGCGACGGCAUCUGGACUUAAAUUUUUUGUUGCACGUCCUGUAUCUUAGUAAUUACUUGUCCUAUCUCCGCCAAACCUGCAUGGAUGAUGCAUAUCGACCUAUAUAUGGACCUUUAAUACUUGAACUGAAUCUGCGCCAUGAAUUUCACAUGCUCGAGAAUGUUUAAGUGUUUCGAGCAGGAUAAAGUUUUUAGAACAUGUGCCCUUUGGUGGCCAUAUGUAAGUAACUACUGGUCCUAUUCACCAAACUUGCAUGGAUGGAGCAUCUUCUGAUACUGAUGCACUCCAGAGCCGUAGAUGCUGAAUCUCGGCCAUAGCUUACAUAUUUGAUGCAUUUGGCGAUACAUUGUACUGAUGCACUCCACAGACGUCGAUGCUGGAGGAGGUGAAAGUUUUUGGAGCCAGUCACAAGUUUAUGUAAUUAAUAGUACUUAUUCAAGCUUGCAUAGAUGAUUUAACUUUGUAAAUGAAUCAUGAGUGACAGAGGCAGAUUCAGAUACUGAGAGUGAUGUUUAGGCAGGUUUCAAAUUUUAGAACAACUUUAAUUGUGUUAGGGUCUUUCAGCGUGUUACAAAUGAAGUAAAUUUUGUUCAUACAGUCAGACUUAAACAAUUAAUUUAACUAUGGGUGUGUGAAUUGAGAUAGCUUCAGAAACAGAGCUUGAUCUCAAUUAUCUUGAUCCUGUGAUGCUGGAGCAGGUGUUUUUAGCAGUUAAAUACAGGUUUGGUGUUGGAAAAAAAUCUGUCCUGACUUUCAUACUACAUUAAGCUUCAAUUGCUAGCCGCAGAUACAGGUCUCCAUCAUCAAAGAUGAUUUGAAAAAAAAUUGUCCUACCUCACUCAAACUUGCUUCGUAGAUGUAUUUGUUCAUAUGUGAUGUAUAUUAUCACGGUUUCUAUUGUAUUGAAUCGGAGUAUAUAAUAUUUUAUUAUAUCAUUUCAUACAAUGUUGUAGAAUGUGAAAUGAUAAUGUAUCACAUGUUUUUUCAUACAAUAUUGUAUCAUUAAAUUUUCUAUUACAGUACUACAAUGUCUUAUAUUUUGAUAUAAAAGACCAUUGACUAUCAUUUUCGUCUCGGUGAGCUUUGUAAUAUUUUAUUACGUAUGUUUCAUUGUUAGACUUUAAACGGCCAUUCUUAAUAAUCAUAUCUAAAGAACUUUCCAUAUGUUUCAACUUGUUUGUAAUUUACUUUUAUCUCACGAUAAAAACAUUAUAUAAAUUCA